CUCUCCUGCUCCAGGUGGCCGCCAUGCCGGGGCUGGUGGAUGAGGAGGGGCCCGAGAGCUGGAGCUGGGCCCCGCCGCUGUAUGAAGAGUACCGCCCACCACCACUGGACUCCAUCCGCCUGCCCAGGUAUGUGCUGUACCUGCUGCUGGCUGCACUCCUGGUGGUGGCUGUGGCUUAUGCCAUUGUUGGGCAUCUCAUCAAGGACCUCGCCCACGACCUGGCCGCUGCCGGCUCCUCCACGGCCAUGGAGACCCUGGAGACCCUUCUUGUGCUCAGCGCCCUGCUCCUCUUGCCCGCUGAAGCCCAGCAGGCCACAGAACGUCGCCUGAAGCCGUGGCUGACGGGCCUGGCUGCGGUUGUGGGGUUCCUGUUCAUAGUCUUCGUCCUCAUGCUGGCCAACCGCAUCUGGUGUUCCAAAGGGAGCACUGAGGACGAGGAAUCCAUGUUCAGAAUGGAGACCAACCUGUACCAGGACACGGAGCUGAGUAAAGAAGUCAAGAGGCAGAAGAAAGAGGAGAAAAGGGCCAAGAAGGAAGGAGAGAGCAACUUGGGGCUGGACCUGGAAGAGAGAGAGGAGCCCAGAGACCAGGAGAAAACCAAGAUCACGACCAUGUGA